AUGACACGCGAUGCACGUUUACAUUUUGUAAGGUUUUACGACGACAACAGAACAAAUGUGUCACAGCGUGUCUUAGCUCGCUGCCUAGAUCGUAAGAGACGGAUCGUGGAAUGGCUUGUCAGUCGCAGACUUGGCGCAGUGGACGAAGCACGAGUUUGGUUCGUAAUAGAAGACAAUCUAAAAAAGUGUCCAGGCGGGAACCCGGCCUCUCCUUGA